AUGUCAGCAUCCAGCAAAUCAGUCUUCUUACUCGGACCAGGCCUCGUAGGUCGUAAUGUCGUCGAUCUCCUUCUAGUAGAAGGAUACUCGGUCACGACCCUCGUCCGACGAGAAUCCGCAGCUGCCGAGCUGCAAAAAGACGGUGUCAAGACCAUCCACGGCACACUAGCCAACAGUGAAGUCAUCACCAAACAGACCAUUGCUUGCGACAUUGUCUUCCACAUCGCCACGGCCGACGACCUCCCAUCCGUCCAAGCCGUUCUCGAGGGCGUUAAGUUUCGAGCGCAAGCCGGCCAGCAGACCAUCUACAUUCACACCAGCGGCACUGGUCUAUUCGGCGACGCUGCAAUGGGCCAAUACAAAGGCGAAAGGGUCUACUCGGACGACAAGCCCCAUGACAUUGACGCCCUCCCUGACACGGCGCCACACCGGACGAUUGACCUGACCAUUAUCCGGGCUCGCCAGGAACUCGGCUCUAGAGUCAAGGUAGCCAUCAUGAUUCCGCCGCUAAUAUACGGGAUUCAACACAAGUACAAACGCCUGUCAAUCCAACUACCCACGCUGGCACGGUUUGCCCUCAAACACGGCUAUGCCGGACAAGUCGGCGAAGGUAGGUCCGUAUGGUCGACCAUACACGUGCUAGAUCUGGCUAGAGGGUACAUCACGUUAUUACACUGGCUCGAGAAGACGUCAGCAGUCACGGUGCUGGAGAACCCGUACUUUUUCUGCGAGUCUGGGGACGAUAUCGCGUGGGCUGAGCCUAUCGCGGUCAUCGGCCAAGCGCUGCAUGCCGCCGGGCGCAUCAAGGAUCCUGCCCCAAAGACAAUACCGGAGCAGGACUACAAGGACCUCUUUGGCGAGUUUACGCCCUUGGUGGUGGGCUCAAAUUGUCGCAGUCGUGCCACUCGCUUGAGACAGUUGGGUUGGCAGCCGCGGGAGAAGGGAGUGCUCGAAUCGCUCCGGGACGAUGAACUCCCUCUGCUUCUGCAAGAAACUGGCGAGUUCAAUGGAUACACUGGCGUGGCUGCCUCAUGA